GGAGUCGCCAUGCUCGGCAUGCCAUGGACGGCGUGCUAUGUCGACUGUUGUUUUGAACUGAGAAACUGAAGUUGUGCAAGUUCUCUUUUCGCGUUGUAUGGACUAAUCUUAUUUUAAACCAUUAAUUAUCAAUUGAAUGUCCAGGAUCUGCAAUGGCUAAGAAGGGACGUAACCACAGAAAGAAGACGAGGCGAAGAGCGGAACGUAUGUCGCGCACUGAAGAUGUGAGCGCUAAUCUUUUGAAGUGGAUGACUGCAAACGGUUUCGAACUGCACACGCAGCUGUCUCUCAGGGAAUUCCGCGAAACUGGGAGAGGGUUGGCAACGCAACAAGUGCUGUCUUCUGGCGACGCGUUUCUGAGGGUACCAACUCGUCUCCUAAUAACCACUCAGACAGCUUUGUCAAGCAGCUUACACUAUUUUGUAAUCAGAAAUCAUGGGCAACUUACUCCUAUUGAAGUGUUGACGCUCUUCCUUAUGAACGAAAAGCUCCGAGGCCAUGAUUCAGAGUGGUGCUUCUUCAUCAAAAGCUUGCCAGCUACCUACACAACACCUGUGUUCCUUGGAAGCAAAUUGCUUGCCAAACUGCCCUGCGACCUGUUCCGAAAAGCACAGACCCAAGUGUCCAGGAUACGAAGCACUUUUUUAAAGUUACAAACUUUGUUGACAAAGGGAAGCACUGGUGGCAACUCGCUGCUUUCUAGCCUUUCCAAGAACUUUACAUGGCAUCUGUUUGUUUGGGCUUGGACUGCUGUUAACACUCGCUGCAUCUUUAGUGGGCACAAGACAGGCCAUUCCCUUUGGGACGACGACAAGUGUGCACUAGCUCCAUUUCUGGACUGCUUGAACCACCACUGGAAGGCGAGUGUGCAAACUGCAAUAGCGGACUCCUAUUUUGAAAUUGUUACAAAUAAUAACUACCAGCCAAAUGAGCAAGUUUUCAUCAGUUAUGGCUCGCAUGACAACAAGAAGCUGUUUCUGGAGUACGGCUUUGUUCUUGCCGAUAAUCCCAAUGACGUGGUUGCAAUCACAAGAGAGCACCUAUGUAAGCUUCACUCCUGGAAGGCACAAGCAAUCCCACAUUUUUCCUCAAAGCUUUCCUUUCUGGAGGCAAAAAAUACUAUGAGUGAAUCUUGUGGCUUUACUGCGGAUGGAUUGACAUGGAAUGGGCAAAUUGUCAUGCAAGUACUGUCUCAUCCCAAGGCAUCAAGGUUGGAGUGGAACAAAUUGCUGUUUCGGUCCGAAGAAGAGGAACUCAACGAACAGCAGUGUCAGUUGGUGGUGACCUUAAUAGAAACCAUGUUGUGCGACUAUGGUGCUCUGCUACCUGAAGGCAAAGACUUCUGCUCACAGACAGUGGCUGCAUUUAUCAGAGAAGAGACAAAAAUUCUCAAGAAACAGCUACAACUCUAUGAGAAAUAAAUGCACUUCCAUGAGUGAA